CGCCGCCCUCCCCGCUGCCGCUGCGGGCCGAGGGCCGGGGGCCAUGUCCCGAAAGCAGACGGCGGCGAGGAGCCGGCCGGGCAGCGGCAGCCGGAAAGCCGAAGCGGAGCGCAAGCGGGACGAGCGGGCGGCGCGGCGGGCCCUGGCGAAGGAGCGGCGGAACCGGCCGGAGCCCGGCGGCGGCGGCGGCUGCGAGGAGGAGUUCGUCAGCUUCGCCAACCAGCUGCAGGCCCUGGGGCUGAAGCUGCGGGAGGUGCCGGGGGACGGCAAUUGCCUGUUCAGAGCCCUUGGUGAUCAAUUGGAGGGACACUCACGGAAUCAUCUCAAGCACCGCCAGGAGACAGUGGACUACAUGAUAAAGCAGCGGGAGGAUUUUGAGCCCUUUGUAGAAGAUGACAUUCCUUUUGAGAAACAUGUGGCCAGUUUGGCAAAGCCUGGUACUUUUGCUGGCAAUGAUGCAAUUGUAGCCUUUGCAAGAAAUCAUCAGUUGAAUGUGGUGAUUCAUCAGCUUAAUGCCCCUUUGUGGCAGAUUCGAGGCACAGACAAAAGCAGCGCGAGGGAGUUGCACAUCGCCUAUCGCUACGGAGAGCACUAUGACAGCGUUCGGAGGGUCAAUGACAACUCAGAAGCGCCUGCGCAUCUCCAGACGGAGUUUCAGAUGCUUCAUCAAAGUGCAUCAAAUAAGAAAGAAAAGAUCAAGACAAAGGGAGCUGACUUUGAAGAUGACUUGAGAGAUGAAGUAGAGGAUGCUGUCCAGAAAGUCUGCAAUGCCACCGGAUGUUCAGAUUUUAAAUUAAUAAUCCAGAACCUGGAAGCUGAAAAUUACAAUAUUGAAUCUGCAAUCAUUGCCAUGCUUCAGAUGAACCAGGGGAAAACAAAUAGUGCGGAGGAGAGCCCUGAGAACCUUGAGCCCAGUGGCCAGGCACUGAAGCUGAGCGGUCCGUUAUGGGAGGAGGGUGGCAGCGGCUCCAGAAUCUUUGGAAAUCAAGGCUUAAAUGAAGGCAAGACGGAAAACAAUAAGGCACAGGCUAUCCCUCAUGAAGAAAACAAAGCAAAUAAAAACCAGCCCCCAAAGGUCACAAACAGGCAACGGAGGGAGCAGCAGCGGCUGGAAAAGAAGAAGCGGCAGGAGGAGAGGCACCGCCAGAAAGCCCUGGAGAGCAGGAGUAGCCGUGGGGACAGUAGCAAAGACGAAGCAGAGGCGAACACGCAGGUCACCUUGGUGAAGACCUUCGCCGCUCUCAACAUCUGACUCUGGCGUCCUGUGAGCAGAUGAGUGCUUCGAACCAGGCUUCCCAGGGAGGCCGUCCUGGGACACGAUGAAACCCAGCCAGCAGCCCACACAAGCCCACACACCGUUAGUUUCCUGCAACCUGCCUCGUCUUUGUUCAGAACUUUGUCAGUGCUGUGUUUGGUUAGACCAGGAAAGCCUUGCCCUGAGAACCAGAGUUCAAUAACUCUGGGAUUGCCCCUUCAUCCUUGGGGUGAGUUUACUGUCUUGUUUAUGAAGUAGGGUAGAGUAACUGUUAGACAUUCAGAAUGACCAGUUCCUUUCACUUUCAGGAAAAUAUGAACAUAAAGGGUGGUUUGUUAAUGAACUAACUCAGGAACAUAUUUAGAUUUUAUUUUCUUCUUACUCAAAUUACUCAGAAAAGAAUGCAGGAAGUGAUUUUUCCAAAGUAAUGUGACUAGGGGGCUGGCCUGCAGCCAUCAGGGUACAGGUUGAGCAGUUGUCUCCCUCCCACCUGCCUCUGAUGUCCUCUCAGAUGGUGCGGGUGUGCUGGGGGCUCAUCCACCCUUGAGCCCGGCGAAGGGCGAGGCCUGCGCUCUGCCAGGAAGUCUACAGCGAGGAGGAGUUAUGGGUGUUUGUUUCUUGACAAUCAAGAAAGGAGCAAUUUGGGGACUCAUGGGCUUUUUGCCUAGGAAGAACCUAAAGAAAUUCCCUGCUUUUACAAGAGAAGUCAGGACGACUACCUAAGGCCUUUCAUUUUAAGCGCCUAUGUUUUCUUCCCUGCUAUUCUAGACUUAGAUGCCUUCAGAGAAAUAAAUGGUAAUCUGACCUUCAUAGGUUGCUAACUGUUUAAGUAUGAGGAAAUGAAGUCCCUCAAGCUGUGUCCUUUAUUUCUUUUUAUGUAAGUCCCACUUGGGAUUUCAGUGUUGGGAAAACUGCAGCGUCUCCGUAGGUGGCCAGUAGCCUCGACAGCAGGAAAGUGGCCAGGCCUUUGAGUGACUGCAGCCUCGAACUGAGCAGUGGGCAGGUGCUUGCCCCAGCCAGAGUGGGCUGGCCGUGAGCCUCAGCACCAUCGUAUGCCAGGUGCCCCUUCUUGGACGUAGUCUUUGCCUCCUGCAACUUCAAAAUGAUAAGAAUCCAGAGGCAAAGGGAAGGUGAUUACAAUCGUUUCUACAUGAAUAUGCAUAUCAUUGUCUGGGCAGACCCUGGACUCACCAAAUCGUCUUUACCAGCUGGAUCCUUGCUUUCCUUAAGUUUUCAUGUUAUUUUUAUAUGUUUAUUUGUUCAAGUUAGGGACAUUUUGUGGUCAGAGCACCAGCAGUCUCUUGGAGCAGCUUCGAGGGUGCUGUGCUUCGAAUCUUGUCUUAGGUACAGCCCAUUGUGUUAUGUUGCACAGUUAGAAAUGCACUACAUUUUUUCCCCUCUACAUGUCAUGGAGUCCUAGUUUGUCCUCAGUCCAGCCGGUUUUCUGCUGUGCUGGAAAGGUGUUGGAAUCCGAGGUUUCAGAUCCACAGUCUGUUGUCUGUCCUGUCUGGCCAGGUCCCAGCUGACUGAGGUACUUGGAUGACAGUGUUCGUACUCAGUGCCGCUCGAGCACUGCGAGGGUGUACUGCCGGACACUAGCGGCAAUGGUGCUGCUUUGUUUAUGGCUUAAUGAAGGUGGCCCUGGGCCUACCAGGUUGCAGAAAUCUAGAAGCAGGCUAAGAAGUUGUUACAGAAUAUUGGGAACAUUUAUUUAUAAUCUAUUUAAUUCUGGUAAUAGACCUCAGCAUUUCUGGUGUACAGCAACAGUUCUAAAAACUAGUCAAACUGUAAUAGGUUGUUUUUUUUUUUAAUUACCCUUUCACAGCUUUCCAGUGACAACUGGUUUGUUUUGCGUGUUAAUUGCUACACACGGGUACAUGCGCCUUCUUCAGCGGUGUCCUCUAGCUGUGAGUCAGAAUUUAGACCUUACUGCCUUAGUUUCACUGAAGCGAAAGUAGACGGAAGCCAUAGGCUUAGUGGCCUUCGGGAGCAGCCGAGCGCUGCUUCGCCGGCAGCCAGAGCAGAGCCAGGUGCGUUGACCCUCCGGUGCAGCCUGUCCUGCGAGCUCACCCCAUCCUUAGUCUCUAGCCUGUGUGGGGCUGUGGAGCAGUGGUCCACAGCUGCUUGCUGGCCUUAUGUAGAGGAAGGAUUUAUGGACAUUCUGUCUUUUUAAAAGACUAGUGAGAGAGA